UCCUUGAACUUUCAUUUAGCAACUGUCAUUCAAUGUCAUAAACCCCAUAAAUAAACAUAUUCAUGUAAUCUUCGAGAAAUAGUCUUAUAUAUUCAUGUAAUGUUCCAGAAAUUGUCAAUAGAAAUUAAUGCUCCUUUGCUUGGAUAAGGACAUAGAGCCUAUAAAUAAGUAUAUCAUUCUAUGCAUAAAAAUUAUAUCAAACACUAGUAAUCUCGAGAGAUAAAGAGAGUGAGAUAGAGUUAUGUCUAGAAAUCGUAAAACAUCUGUUGUGGAAAUAUGGAUGGGAUUGAUAGUACUAUGUCUAGUUGUUGGGGAGGUAAGUGCAAAAUCAUGCGAAUUGAAAUGUGCCAUAAAAUGCGGUUUUAUUUUCUUCAAAUGCUUCGAGGAUUGUGUGAACCACAACUGUGCCAGUAGCGGCAGUGUUGUCUCUAUAGCUGCCGGUAGAUGUGCUUUCACCUGUGCAAAACAAAAAUGCGCCAAAUUUGAACCUGAUUUAAAGAAAACUGAAGUCUGUGCCCAAAAUUGCGCUGAUGACUGCCACUUCAAGUAGUACUAGUAGCUGAGAAAAUAUGAGCUAUAUUGAGUGGCAGUGAUAAACCUCAAUAUCCUCAAUAUAUAAAUUAACGCUUCAUCAAUGAAAAUAAUGAGAAUUUAAUA